GUCGGCCAUUAGUUGGGUGGUUUUGCGUUGACUGACAACUUGUGAAAGACGAAGAGAGAAAAGCAGCGACAGCAAACAAUGAAUACGUGCGACUGUUACUGCCAACACAUCCGUGCAUGGCCGGGCUGAAAUCAGGAGCCGUUCAGCUCAGGCGCGGCCUCGAGCGAAAGUCGGCGGCGAGACCCGCUUGCUCGAGUGCCCGUCGGCCGGGCGGCUGGCGACUGAACGAGGGCCCUGGCGGCAACGUGGGUGAGGCGAUCGCGGAGAAGCUCGUCAAGUUGCUGUCCUCGGAUGCGGCGAGCUCGCUGCACUCAGUGCCCUUGCCUCUGCUCGAGGCGCCGGACGCCGAAUUGCGUGGCGCCAAGUUGCUGGGCCUAGACCGCUUUCGGCUCCGGCCGGACGACCCGGCCCGAGUCCUGCGCACGGACAAACACCUGCUCGUCCACAUCCCGCUGCAGGUGCAAGACCUAAAUGUAACUGGCAAAUACACUGCACUGCGACCACAGGUCAUCACGAAGGGGAAGUUCAAGGCACGUCUGCAAUGCCUGCAAAUCUACACAGAGAUUGCCAUCUGCAGUAGCCAUCCAAAACUGGAGACGCUCGAGGUAAUGAAAAUGGAGGGACUCAGCCUCAUGUCUGCAAAAGGCAUGACUGUAUUCCUGAACUGGAUGCUGCUCGCUAUGAUUGACAACUUUGUUAAUCGCAACCAGGCACAGUUGUUCAGACUAAUUAGAGAAGCCUCAUGGAAAGCCUUUGCAGUGCAUGUGAUGAGUGCUCUACCUCACCUCGAUGUGAGGUAUAUUUCAAAGAAGCAGCCAUGCCACCACGAAGAACCAAACUGAACGUCUUCAGAAAACAGCCACAGGAACCUCGAGGUCCAUUCGAUUCGAAUUACUAGAGAAAGCCAAACCAACUUUGCGUGGCUAUCAAAAUGAAUAAAAAGAAGCUUUCUACAAA